AAGAAAAGAAAAAGAUCAAAGUUGUGGCCAUCUUAGGGGACAUUUGAGGACUUACCGAAUUGAUGAUUUUAACUUCUCAUGCAAUGUUAAGUAAAAAUAGUGCUCUGAAUACUGUCUUGAAGGAACUAAAGUGUUGCCAAGUGCAUGAGCUAUUGAGGUAGCCAAUUUCCUCUGUUCCCGAGGGGAGUGCCAUAGGAGUAAAACCAUUAAAAACAACUUGGGUUACAGAUAAUUUGGAUUAACACAGAAUCAGACAGCUAUAGUUUUAUUCAGUAAUACAUUUUUGUUGUAGAAAUUUAGAUUAUUAUUAAAAAAAGAAAAUUUCUUUUAUUUCUUGAAAUAAAAGAAAUUCUUGAUUACUAUAAAAAGGAGUCACGAGGGUAGGUGAAGGAGGUGGCAGAGGACACGAGCACUGCACGCCUGCAGAGGGUGGGCGUGUUUCUUAGUUCCCACCUGCACUCAGCUACAUGCAGCCACGCACACAGUUAAAACUAAACACCUUUCCCAAAAGAAUUAGGACUUAACUAGUGAGAUGCCUGUUAUAUUCAUGUUUUGUAUUUCUAAUUUAAAUAUUAAAUGCAUGCAGCUUAUUCCAUGCGUCUACAAGGCCAGCUUUGAAGGACAGCAUUUCACAAGCAAGUGUGCUUUUCAGAGCUGACUUUGCCUGGAGGUGACACUUGGGCUCAGUCAUUCUUUCUUUACAGGGUCCUGCUCUGCCUGAUGCUCAGCCUGACCUCAAGUCAUGGCCACCUUCUUCCUCCCUCAGCCUCUUAAGUGCCCAGAUCCGGUAUUAGCACCAUGCCAUCUCACCUCAGUGUUCCUCACAACGCCCUUUCUUGACCUCUUGUCCCCUCCUUCCCAGCGCUUUUGCCGUCAUGCUUGAACAUUAAUAACACUCCUAUAUUCUAAGUGUUGAGUUUUCAGCCUUAGCUGUGAGGAGUUAACGUUUUUCCUCAUCCCCAGAAAUGUUUUUGUUCUUUGUCCUUUUAAUGUAGGUAGUUAGCAGUCUGCUUAGAUUGUCCUUGAAUGUUUAUAUAUUAGACUGAAAGUUUAGCUAAGCUAUUGUCACUUUCAUAAAACUGUAAUUUUUUCCUCUGGCAUUUAUAUAUUUAUUUAAAUUUCCAUUUUGACUAAUGUAGCCUAGCCUUUCCAGCGUCUUCUCAGGAACAGUGCUCUCGAGUGCUCUGAUGCUCUGUAUUCCCGGACACGCACUGUCACUGGGACCAUCUGCUGGUGUUAUGCCGUCCUGCUACCAGCAUCUGGAAGACAGCACUGCCUGCUUGUACUGGUUUUCUUGUUUAGAUCUUCUGUCUUCUUUAUCUUGGUUUAGAUCCCAUGACCCCUGCUGUCUUCCUCCAUGCUCUUGACAUGUCCGAUCGAUGGACAUCAAACCCAAGACUCUGCAUGAACUGCUGAGUGCCCACCAAGGGAAGGGGGAAGUUGCCACCACUCCUCCCAGUCUUGAGCCAGCAGCAACACGAACACGUGCUUCCUAGGCCUCCCUCCCCAGCAGUCAGGGCAUCUGUUAUGCACCUUAAGCUGUACUGGAAACUCCAGAAGAAAGAGCGCCCUCUUGAGAUCAGCAGGGACACCCUGAGAACGCCUAUGAGCCACGGAAAGGCCAACGGUGAUGUGAAGGCCAGAGCCAGCUACAUGAAACCCACCGUCCUUCCUUCAGCCUCCCUUGUCAAAGCAUCAUCUAGAAAACCUUUUGGGAUCCUUUCUCCAAAUGUUCUGUGCAGUAUGAGUGGGAAGAGCCCUGUGGAGAACAGCUUGAAUGUUAAAGCCAAAAAAAAUGUGCUGUCUGCAGCCGUGCACCAGAGUGAGGAGGGACUGCCUGGGACCUGGGCUAUUGUCAAACCUGGGAACACGAAGGAGAAAAUUGCAUUCUUUGCAGCCCACCAGUAUAGCAAUAGGAUAGGCUCUAUGAAAAUUAAAAGUUCCUGGGAUAUCGAUGGGAGAGCCACUAAAAGAAGGAAAAAAUCAGGGGAGCUUAAGAAAGCCAAGUUACAGCUAGAAAUGAUGAGAGAUAUCAACAGCCAGUGCUACCAGUCUGAGCCGUUUGUGUGUGGCGUCGAGCACUGUUCUGUGCAUUACAUGAGUGACAGUGGGGACGGUGUCUGUGCUGCGAGGCCUCUGUCAGUGAUACAGAUGGUGGCCUUCCUCGAGCAGAAGGCCACUGCUCUGCUAGCUAGCUGCACAAAAAACUGCACAAAUUCGCCUGCCAUUGUGAAGAUUUCUGGCCAGUCCCGAGGUAUACCACCUGCACCUGAGCCCUUCUCUGCUCCAGAAACUUGUGAAGAACCCAGGGAACAAGAAAAUCCUGAGACUGGCAGAUCCCAGGGUGAGCCAGUCCGUGUCCUUGACAUGGUAGCCAGGUUGGAGUCUGAGUGCCUGAAGCACCAGGGCCAGCGGGAACCUGGGAGCUUGUCACGCAAUAACAGUUUCCGUCGAAAUGUAGGCAGGGUGUUGCUCACUAAUGGUUCUCAGGCCAGCGACAAAAGUGAAGAGGGCUCUGCAGACACAGCCGACUCUCAGGAGCAUCCCUUGCAGCCGGUAUCUGUGGGUGAAGAACCCUCUGUAACUGAGCAUCAUUCUGUAGGGGAGCAGGCCUGGGAUGGCACUUCUCAAAGCUGUCCCUCAUUGCCAGCCACUGUGAGCUUCCACACGGACAGCACAGAUCUAGAGCCAGGUCAGCAAACAGCUAUCAAGAACUGCAGCCGGGAUGACGUAGAAAUGGUGGAGGAAUUUGAUGAAUUGCCUACAGAUGCUGUCAGUCGUGUAAGAAGAGAGCUUGUAACGCUCACAAAGCACCAUCCUGAGCAGAGGCAGGACCCGCUGUGCAUCAGCAUCACUGUGUGCAUGGUAGAGAAAGACCGGCCGUCGGCUUUAGACUCCCUUGAGGAGCCUCUUCCCGGGAUGCUCUUCUUCCUGUCAUCUGGACAGGACCAGCAAGCGCAUUCCCAGCUGAGGGAACACCCAGCACCAGAGGCCUCAGAGGCCAGUCAGCCUCAAGAUGCUGCUGAGGGCAGCAGUGCACGUGAGGAAAAAGAUUCCUCUGUGGAGCCGCUCAGCCUCCCAGCAGCCUCUCCGGGAGGGAGCACCUCACAGGUGCUUGAGGCAGUCACAUGCAAGAAGCAGGUGUCGCAGGAUUUCCUGGAGACCAGGUUUAAGAUCCAGCAGCUUCUGGAGCCUCAGCAGUACAUGGCCUGCCUGCCCCACCACAUCAUAGUGAAAAUCUUCAGGUUACUCCCUACCCUGAGUUUAGCCAUUCUUAAAUGUACCUGUCGCUACUUCAAGUCCAUCAUUGAAUACUACAACAUCAGGCCAGCAGAUUCUCGGUGGGUUCGAGACCCACGCUAUAGAGAAGACCCUUGCAAGCAGUGCAAGAAAAAGUAUGUGAAAGGGGAUGUGUCCCUGUGCCGGUGGCACCCCAAACCCUAUUGCCAGGCUUUGCCAUAUGGGCCUGGCUACUGGAUGUGCUGCCACCAGUCUCAGAAGGGCUUUCCUGGCUGUAAGUUAGGCCUUCAUGACAAUCACUGGUUACCUGCCUGCCAUAGCUUUAACCGGGCAAUCCAUAAGAAGUCAAGAGGGAGUGAGACGGAAGAGGAGUACUGAAGUCCACGUGACAGGGAGGCAAGAGGACUGUGAAACACUUGGGCCAACCUCCAGGGCUGCGAGCUCGCCCCGCCCUUCUUGAUCUCUGCUCAGAUCCUGACUGCCAUUGCUCAGGCAUUUUAAACUGUUUCUCAGCUGUACAAGAAUUUAGUUCCAUGGUUUUGUAUGGUGGUGCCUCACAUUAAACCUAUCCAGCUGUGAAGAACUCUUGCCUGUUUUCCUCCAUCAAGGACAUUCAGAGGUCACCAGGCAGUCUCCACAAGGGGAUCCUGAGGUGGCCCAACAGUGGCUCUGCAUUUGGAGUGAGUGAGGAGGGAAGCAAACCUUUGAGAAUUAUGCCUCAGAAAGAAAACCAGGCACCUUACCCCAGACCUGUAUGCUUGUUCCCGUGAGAGUGGUGACUGCAGACGGAUAUGCCCUGUGCUGUUUACAGUGUAUAUAAUGGUUGUGUUUGCAUAGGGCUGUGAACGUGCACAUUAAACCCGAGCGCCUUUACCUGUAAAUGAGUGCUUUGGCCCCUCUGUAAAUAACGUGAUUAAAAUUCAGUAUUGUAGAUUAUGAACAGCUGACUAAACAUAAUCACCACAGAAUAAGACAAUAUCAUAUAAUAGAUUAAAAUGUGCAUCCUUUUGUCUGGUUAAAAUUUUUUAAAAAAAAAACUUCAAUAAAAAAAUAAACGUUUUAAAUGAG